UGUUAGCCUCCUUAAGCUAGGUUGAAGUUGUACUGUCAGUGUCCAGCAUUGCAAGCUUAUUUUUACGAAUCGGUGCCUGGGGAGUAUUUCUGGCUUUCGGGUUUUAAGAAUAGAUCGAUUAAGCAUCCGGUAAAGUCAGGAGGAGUCCAGAGAGGAUGCCAGUGGACUGCUCCCUGUCACCCCCUCCUAUCCCUCCCCCUCCUCUUCCUCCCCCUCCUCCUCCUGCCUCAGCACCCAAGAAGAAGUUGUAUCAGACGUUAUCCAGCAGCAGGAGUCCUGUGGAGGGAAACUACACUGAAGCUCUUCUGCUGCUCAGCCAGAGGGAAGCCAGCUUCAGGAAGGACCUGCAGUGGAUCCUGGUGAACACGUAUGUGCCUUCUCUGAUCCAGGACGGUCCACAGUGUGGUCUGGUGGCUCUGUGGAUGGCUGCUCACCUUCGACUGCCGCCGAUGACUGUCGACAUCGAGACUGUGGUUCAGACGGCUCUGAGCAAAGGAUACACGGCUCAGGGUGAAAUGUUUUCAGCCCAAAACAUGGCUCAGCUGGCAGAAGAGGUCUGUGACAUUAAGGCUGAGCUCGUCACAGGUGGUAUGAGGGGCAACAACGCUUUGGCCAUCAUUUCGCACCUGUGGGGUCGACAGCCUGUCCUCAUCCCGUAUGAUAUGGAUCACAACCUGGAGCCGUGCCAGCGCGGUGGUUAUAAGGCACACUGGGCGGUUGCUUCGGGUGUUCUGCUCGGUUUGGACUGGGGAAGUGUGAGCGAGGACCGCGCUCAGCCUGAUCACACUCUGCCCUGGCUCUGGAUCGCCAGAGACGGCGGCUCGCCUUGUCCCGUCAACAACAGCGCAGCCGUCCGAGAGGUCCACGUCCUGGCGAAGCAGGGCAAAAGCCUGCGAUACCAGCUGUGGAGCCUGGACAGCGUCGCUCAGAGCAACGAGCAGCUGAAGGCGAUGGACCCUCAGAGAGCCAGCGACGGGACGCAGUACAUGGUUCCUCAGGGGGGGCUCGAGGCCGGGCUGGCCGGACAGGCGGUGCUGCUUCACACGAGGACUCAGAAAGAGUGAGGAACAUGACAAAGUUGAAAACGGAAGCCAUUUGUGAAACAUCAGUUGAGUCAUUUGUAGAGGUAUUACACCAGAUACCCGAGUUAUGCAAUGCAGAAACACUUGAAACUCUAGUGAACUGAAGCUGUAUGAGCUCUGGGCAUGAAUGCCACUUGUUUCUGCAGGGUGGUAUAUAUGUGUGUACAUGCAGCUGCUUCUGUUGAUCAGCAGACAAAUAUCCCUGAAAUAAGUUGUUGAACCAUAGUGAUCGAGACGGUCACUCAAUGAAUUUACCGGGUAAACCAAACACGGUUUAUUGGAUUUUCAAGAAAAAGCAUUUUAACAGCUUAUAGGGGAUAAUUUCAGAUUUUGCACAUACUGUGCAUGCAGGAGCUCCAGUUUUAUAAUGGUCAAAAGAUGCAUUUGAAGGUUAACUGAUGUCUGUGUCCUCUAAUGGACAGGUGACCUGUCCAGGGGUCACCUGGGAUCUGCUCCAGCACCCUGACGUGGGUGAAGCCGUGUUGGAGAUGGAUGGAUUAUUGACAUUGUUGGUAUGCAAUAAAUUUACAGAUGAAUUUGAAUUACAAUUUGAAAUUAAAAUUGAGUUUUUAAUGUAACUGCAAUACUCAAAUGCAGUUAACUUACUUUUCGGAUUGUUUUGGUGACAUGCGAGUCACGCAGGGGAGCGCAGCUUCAGAGGCGGAUGUUCCUUCCCACAGCUACUUUAUUACCACUGAAGACAAUAAGCUUUAUUUGCACUGUUCAGUCUUAAGACAACUGCAAUCCUGCUUUUAUGAAAAAAAAAGUUAUGUUCAUCGUAUAACAAACCGAUUUAAAAUAUUUAUUUAGAAUUGUGAUGCAGCCGUGGUGUCUGCAGAGGCACAGAUUAAAAAAAACAACUCCUGAAUGCAGUUUUCCAUUACUUUUCCUGACUUUCUUGGGGAAAAAAAACAAAACAUGAAUUUAUUACCAGUCUAGAUCUGCCUGUUUUGGUGCCUUGUAUAAAAUAUGUUUCUUUCAAAGCAAAUGUGAUUACCACUCUUGUUUUAUUACUUCUAAAAGCAGCUUCUUGUUUGAAAAUCUGCUUCACGUCGAUCUACUGUAUUUAGUUAUUUUAAUAAAUUGAGAAUUUGUGGAAAAACAGCUUUGGCAACACCUUAUUCCCUGUUUUGUAUGUUUGCUCUUCAAACACACACACACAAAAAAAAGAAUCA